UUAAAACAUUGUUUUGUUCAUCAUAAUUAUCACUGUUUAAUUAUAACAUAGCUCUUUUAGUGUGGUACAAACUUUACUUACUUUACUUACAACUUUUGGAAGUUUAAUAAAUGAGUGACGGGUAUUAAUGUAACAUUAAAGAAAACAUAAACAAUUAUUUUUUCUUGUUACUGUUACUGAUAACUAUGCUGUCUAUGAUAGCAGAAUAAAAGAAAAGAUUUAAAAAAAAGAAAAGAAACUGUUUAAUCAAAAAAAAAGGCAGUGUUAUAUCAGUCUGUUCAAAUUUGCAUCAAAUUUUCGGAUGACUGAACUCAAUUAAUGUUGGAAUAACAGCUUGAGUGGAAAAUUAUUUAAUUGAGGGUGAACAAAACCCCUGGAGGAACUGAACUAGCUGACAGCAGGAAAAAAAAAAAAAAAAAAAAAAAAAAGCAGGAACAGAGACUCACCUGAGAAAACAACCAAUCAAACGAGACAGGGGGUGUUUCCAGGGAAACAGAUAAAGCAGGUGUGACAGGUGACAUCUUGACAUAAAGCAAGGGCAAACAGACAAGACGCAGGGAGAAGAGCAGUAGCCUUAAACCAGGAAGGCUGCCAUUUGGAUCAGCUCACAUUCAAAUACCUGUAAAGGUCUGAACAAGAAAACAUUCAAGGACGGACAGAAUUGCUGAAAAAAAGAGUUUGACAUCAAAAAGGAAGGACACCAAAGGCAAAGAGUUAAGAAGAAACUCUAAGAGGUGAGAAGAAAUUUGACAAUGUCUUCAUUUGAGGCUCAGGGCCAGUCUCCUCCGCGGUGUGGCCCGCAGUUCCCCAGCCUCGGCCAGGAGCCCCCUGAACUCAGCAUGUACAGUGACUGCUACUACCCUCCUCCUUCACUGCCGAGUCCUCAGCGCACCACGCCGACCUCCUACGACCUGAGUGACUACACCACCUCCUCUCCGAACCCUUACCUCUGGUUCAACGGCUCCAGCAUCAACACACCGCCGUAUCUGGCUACUACCGGCCCGCCUGGCAACCCCGGCCCUCCCUUUGUGCCUCAGCACUACGGCAUGCAGAGGCCUUACCUGGGUCCGGCUGGAGCUGGCGGUCCAGGAGGGGAGCUGAGUUGGUUCUCUCUCCCCUCACAAGAAGACCUCAUGAAGCUGGUCAGGCCACCUUACUCCUACUCGGCUCUCAUCGCUAUGGCUAUUCACGGAGCGCCAGACAGGAGACUGACCUUGAGUCAGAUUUACCAGUAUGUUGCUGACAACUUCCCUUUUUAUAACAAGAGUAAAGCAGGAUGGCAGAACUCUAUCAGACACAACCUGUCUCUCAACGACUGCUUCAAAAAAGUGCCAAGAGAUGAGGACGAUCCAGGCAAGGGCAACUACUGGACACUUGACCCAAACUGUGAAAAGAUGUUUGACAACGGGAACUUCCGCCGCAAAAGGAAGAGGAAGUCUGAUUGCCUCCCCGGUGAUGGCGGUUCAGGGGCUCCAGAGUCUGGUGACAGCGAGAGAGCCAGCCCCAAACACACCAGCAACACUGCCCUUAACAUUUCUCCCACAGCGGACAGGAUCCCCUCCCCUUCAUCAUCGGGUCCCGCGCCUUGCCUUAGCAGCUUCUUAUCCGAGAUGUCCGGAGUGACCGCUGGAGCAGCCAGUGAGGUGGGAGGCGAUGGGUUAAGCAGGCCGCUGCAGAUCAACCUUCCUUUAGAUAGACCCACGCAACCUGGAAGUUUUAGUAGCUACUCCCCCAACUCAGGUGGCCCGGAGUGGGUACCACAAGUGCCAGGUCCCCCUGUGCUCUCCUCUUCACCCACCCACUCUUCUCUAGGCUACACUAGCCCCAUCCUCAGCCAGUACAGUGGGUCCAGUGGGCAUUUCUACCCUACACUAAGCUCAACAGGAAUCAUCUAUCAUCGUGAGGGCACAGAGGUUUAAUGAGACUUUAAGUCUGCUUUGAAAAGACUCUUGAUGGGAACUUUUACCGGUGUAGUUAUAGUGAGGUUCUGUUAUGAAAGACAACACACACACCUACACACACACACACACACACAAAGUAUGUUUGCGCUGACUGAGUCCGUUGAGAUCACUAUAGCGUGUGACAGCAGAGUAAAAAGGCUUUGAUUCCCACAGGAACAGCUGAGUCAGCCGCAGCGGACGGCGGGUGUCACUACCUGAAACCACAGUCAGCCUCACUAUCAGAUCCUCAGUCAGCUUUUAUUCGAACUGAAGCUCGUCUCUAUCAGAUCUGACUCAUUAUUAAGAGAUCCUAGAUCUGGUGUGCUGACAUCAGGCGUUUCCUCUCCACACUAUCUGUGAUUCUGAUGGUAUCACACGCUCAGACAGCACAUUUAGAGGAGUAGUUAAAUUACACCAUUGUCUACGUAGAGUGUAGGCACUGCUCUACAAGUCAACAAAAGGUGAAAGGUAGAGUUUUUUUUUGUAGUACAAAUAUUGAACAAUCUGAUGAAUUUACAGUUUUGAAGUCUGAUGCACAACUGGUAGAUGUACUUUGUAAAUAUGUCAGUGUGUUGUGUAAUGUUAUACAUUUAUAUUGUUGGUUUAUUGGUAUUCCUAAUGUAUGCUACAUGCUAAGUAUGUUGUGUUUUUUGAUAUGAAUAAAAGGUUUCAAAGUUCCACAGUUGCAUUUCUUAGUUUAUUUCCCUGCACAAUAGAAAAAUACAUGCUAUAGGAUUCCUCUCAAACACCCCACACCCCUCCCCCCUACCAAAAAAAAAAAGGAAAAAGAGAAAGCACAAGACAAUAAGCACUCACUGACAGAAAACAGUCCUGUUAGAAAAGCGAUGACCAGUAGUGUAGAACCUGCAUGUUUGUGUAACCUGAUCUUUGUGUGAUGGAUAGUUAACUGCUCCUCCUAAACGGUGAGAAUCCACAUUCCCAUGCAGUCCCUCCUCGCUACACUAAACACUGAAUUCCUUCCCUGUCACACUGUUGAUACACAGAUAUAGCUGACUGGAUGCAAGCAGCUCUAUUAUGGGAUAAGGACUAACU